UCUCAAUUCAAUUCUAUCUAAAACAACCUUUCACUGUUGCGUUUCCUUUCCCCCUUUUAUCUUUAUCCUCUGAGUUCGAAUAACACGCAAGAGACCCGAAUCAGUCUCUUUCUAGGGUUUAAUUUGGAAUCUACUUUGCUCUUGUUCCCGAAACAAUGCCAGAUUGAACAAAAUCGAAACCAACCCACUUCGAAAUCUCCCCAAAGUUUCGAUUUUUAAUCAACCCACUUCGAAAAGAUCGAAACUUUGCCAUCGUUAUCGAAUCGCAUUUUCAAGAUGGGCAUCCAAGAAGACCCCGGUGCUCACUCGUCAAACCGAAACCGAAGGAACCCAUCAUCGCUUCCACAGACUCUCAAACAUUUCCACAGAGAUUUUCUCGCCGGAGCCGUGAUGGGAGGCGUCGUCCACACCAUCGUAGCCCCAAUCGAGAGAGCCAAGCUCCUCCUCCAGACCCAGGAGAGCAACAUCGCCAUCGUCGGAGACUCCUCGGGGAAGAGACGCUUCAAAGGAAUGUUCGAUUUCAUCCACCGCACGGUCCGUGAAGAAGGCGUUUUAUCGCUAUGGAGAGGCAACGGGAGCAGCGUGCUUCGCUACUACCCUUCCGUCGCUCUCAACUUCUCCCUCAAGGACCUCUACAGAAACAUCCUCCGCAACAGCAGCUCUCAGGAGAAUCACGUCUUCUCCGGGGCCUUAGCUAACUUCAUCGCCGGCUCUGCGGCUGGAUGCACGGCUUUGAUCGUUGUUUACCCUCUUGAUAUAGCUCACACGCGUUUGGCUGCUGACAUUGGGAAGAAGGAGGCUCGUCAGUUCAGAGGGAUCCAUCAUUUCUUGACGACGGUUCAGAGGAAAGACGGUGUUAGAGGGAUCUACAGAGGGUUGCCUGCUUCUCUGCACGGUGUGAUUAUUCACCGUGGGUUGUACUUUGGUGGGUUUGAUACGGUUAAGGAGGUUUUGUCUGAAGAUAAGGAGUUGGCGUUGUGGAAGAGAUGGGUUUUGGCUCAGGGUGUGACUACUUCUGCUGGUUUGGCUUCUUACCCGUUGGAUACGGUUAGGAGACGGAUCAUGAUGCAGUCUGGGAUUGAGCAUCCUAUGUACAGUAGCACGUUGGAUUGCUGGAAGAAGAUUUAUAGGGUUGAAGGCCUGGCUUCUUUUUACCGUGGUGCCCUUUCGAAUAUGUUUAGGAGUACUGGUUCUGCUGCGAUCUUGGUUUUUUAUGAUGAAGUGAAGAAGUUCUUGAAUUGGGGAGGGAUUUAAAGCUGAGAGGGUAAGAACGGUACAAAGAGAUAGAUAGUAUUGCUACUCGGUUUGCUGCAAAGCUUUCUGCUAUUAUUGCUAGGCAGGAAGUAUGAAGACAACUCCCAUAUGAGACUCAGAGGAUGCGUUGCUUGUGGACCAGAACAUGGCUGAUCCGCUGCAAUUACUUAAAACAGGAGUAUUUUGUUUGUGAUGCAAAGUGAUUGUGAGAUCUCUUAAUGAAACUGCUUGGAUGUUUUCUUGUGCUGAAGCACUUGGAAGUUGCCUCCUGCCAUGCAUUCUAUGUCUACUUACGGACACUUUUUCCUCUUUGUUUACGGACACUCUCGCUCUCUUUUAUGAACUCCCUGUUUCAUUGUGAAGUUGAAUGGUUUAUGAUAGGUGUGUGUGUGUGUGUGUGUAUAACAUAUAUAUGUAAAGUAGAUGCCUUCAACGAGUGCUGCUCUGAAACAAUCCAGCUUCAUGAUU